AUGGGUGUAACAUUGGUCUCCAUAAGCCACCUGACAGCAGCAGGAUAUGUGGUGCUAUUCCGCGCAGACACAUGCAAGAUCUUCAAUAAGAUGAAGAAGAUGUUGGGGGAGAUCCCAGUGAACAAGGGUCUAUACUAUAUAAAGGGCCCUAGAAAACUGUUUUCUGGACUUGCAAAGACAGAUGAACAACUCACCAUGCGAGAAAUCCACUCCAGGCUCAGGCACGUUGCCCCAGAGAGCAUCAGACUGAUGAUCAAAAAUGGCAUCAUCACUGGAAUCAAGUUAGACCCCUCCGACGCCACAAUGGACAAAUGCGACUCAUGUGAGUAUGCAAAGGCCACGCGCAAACCCAUUGGACAGAUCCAAAACCCUCCACAAUGUGAGAAAUUCAGCAACAAGGUCCAUAGUGAUCUGUGGGGCCCAUCUCCUGUUAAAACCCCUGGGCACAAAGAAUACUUCAUGUCAUUCACAGAUGACUAA